UCUCUUUCAUUACUCUAGGUAAUGGGAAGCAUAUCGGAAGACGACUGGACCACAGGGAAGUGUUUCCAGACAGGGUCAUCCUCUACCAUCGGUGCCUCCGCAUCCCUUGCGGUUCCUCCUUCCAGAGCACCAAGACCUCCCAAACCAUUCGCUAACCCACAGAAGACAGGGGCUGAUGGUUCCACCGCUCUACAAACAAAAGUGGUCCAACCAAGAGCAGCAAAGCCCCUCUAUGACCCCACCCAUCCAGACGCACUGGUGAUGCCACGCCCACCAUCCUCCCAUCAAUGGCAGAACAACCAACGAAACGAUUCCAUCGUCGACGUGGUGGUCGAUCCUCACCUGGUGUCCAAGCUCAGGCCUCAUCAACAGAAGGGGGUUAUCUUCCUGUACGAGUGCAUUAUGGGAUUGAGGCAGUAUGAAGGAUGUGGAGCCAUUCUAGCAGAUGAGAUGGGUCUUGGUAAGACACUGCAAUGCAUAACUCUUGUAUGGACUUUGUUCAAGCAAGGCCCUUAUGGAGGCAAACCAAUCAUCAAGAGAGUUUUGAUUGUAACACCAGGCAGUCUGGUUAAGAACUGGUGUCGUGAGUUCAGGAAGUGGCUUGGUUCAGAGAGAAUCUCUGUCUUCCCUGUCAGUAGCGACAAGAAAGUGGAGGAGUUCAAGAAGAGCCCCUUGUUCCCAGUGAUGGUGAUCAGCUAUGAGAUGAUGGUGCGUUACGCGGAUGACAUCAGAGGUAUAACCUUUGACCUGGUCGUGUGUGACGAGGGACAUAGACUGAAGAACAGUACCAUCAAGACUGCAUCACUCCUAUCUAGCCUGGCUGUCAGAAGAAGAAUCUUGUUAACAGGUACCCCUAUACAGAAUGAUUUACAAGAGUUCUAUUCCAUUGUGGAAUUCUGCAAUCCUGGAGUUUUAGGUACCAGUGGAUCAUUCCAUCGUGUCUAUGAAGAGCCCAUAUUGAGAUCCAAUCAACCCAGUGCUACCAAGGAGGAAAAGACGCUAGGAGCUGCAAGAGCUACAGAGCUUUCAAGGUUGACAAGUCUUUUUGUACUCAGACGUACUCAGGAGAUCAACAACAAGUACCUCCCACCCAAAGUUGAGACGGUGGUGUUCUGCAAGCCGUCUGCCCUCCAGCUCCGGCUCUACCAGCACCUCCUGCGCUCGCCCCUCAUCCGGUCCUGCCUGUCCAGGGGGUACGCCUCCUCCGCCUCGGCCGGCUCCCCCCAUCUGGUCUGUAUAGGGGCACUCAAGAAGCUCUGCAAUGAUCCCAGCCUGCUCUACCAAGCCAGCAGGAAGGCGGAUGAGGAGGGGAAGAGGAGAGGAGGAGAGAGCUGGUUGCUAGAUCAUGACGAUGAGGAGGAAUCUCUGUACAAGGGUCUGCUACCCAUCUACCCUCCUGAAUACACUGAAGGCAGACCGCUGCUAGCCCACUGUGGUAAGCUGUGUGUGCUCUCUGAGAUGCUUAGAGCCAUGCAUGCUGAUCCAACCAGGAGGGAGAGACUUGUCCUGGUGUCCAACUACACUCAGACACUAGAUAUACUGCAAGCAUUGUGUAGUAUCGAGGGUUACCAGUUCUGCAGACUAGAUGGUUCCACACCGACCGCCAAACGACAGUCCAUCGUGGAGCACUUCAACAGCAGCUAUGCUAAAGAAACUAUCUUCUUGCUGAGCUCUAAAGCUGGUGGAGUUGGUUUGAACCUGAUUGGUGCCUCCAGGCUUCUUCUCUAUGAUAUUGACUGGAAUCCUGCUAAUGACCUUCAGGCCAUGGCUAGAGUCUGGCGAGAUGGGCAAAAGAAGACAGUGUACAUAUAUCGACUCAUAACCGCUGGCACCAUUGAGGAGAAGAUCUACCAGCGUCAGAUCAGCAAGCAGAGUCUUAGUGGAGCUGUGGUGGAUGCUAAGGGCCAAAGUGGCUCUGUCAAGUUCUCUCUAGAAGAUCUCAGAGACCUGUUCACAUUACAUGAAGGCAGCUCCUGCAUCACACAUGACAUGCUUAGCUGUGACUGUACAGAUACGAAUGGACCUUCCUCCAAUGUGAAAGCACCUGGAGAUGUACAGAAGGGCCCACAGAGACCAUGCCAGCUUGGGAAGCUAAAGCCGACUGUGUUAAAGAAAAACUUGUCAAUGGGUGACUUAAAUGAAUGGCAACACUACCUCGCACCCCUCCCUGAAGAUUUCCAGGAUGAAUACCUACUGGAAGCCAAAGAUGGGAUCACAUUCGUCUUCCAAAAUGAGACCAACAUGGUCCCAGUACCAUAGACCAGGAUCUAGGACUAGGCUAGACUAGUCAUCUACGCCAAUCAUACAUGGUAGUAUACCUGGACAGAGGACUGCCUUUGUCUUCCAAAAGGAGACCAUCAUGGUCCCAGUAUCAUAGACCAGGAUCUUGGACUACAGUCAUCUAGACCAAUCAUACAUGGUAGCAUACCUGGACAGAGGGCUGCCUUUGUCUUCCAAAAUGAGACCAACAUGGUCCCAGUAUCAUAGACCAGGAUCUUAGACUAAGGUCAUCUAGGCCAAUCAUACAUGGUAGCAUACCUGGACAGAGGGCUGCCUUUGUCUUCCAAAAUGAGACCAUCAUGGUCCCAGUAUCAUAGACCAGGAUCUUGGACUACAGUCAUCUAGACCAAUCAUACAUGGUAGCAUACCUGGACAGAGGCCUGCCUUUGUCUUCCAAAAUGAGACCAACAUGGUCCCAGUAUCAUAGACCAGGAUCUUAGACUAAGGUCAUCUAGGCCAAACAUACAUGAUAGCAUACUUGGACAGAGGAAUUGUCUUCCAAAAUGAACCAAUAUAGCAUGUGGACCAUAAUGCUUGUAACUAAAAAGAGGCGUCAUAGCCAAGUAACUUUAUUUUCUUGACUGGAGAUCUGAAGGAUCUUGGCUUUGAGCUACACACAACACCAACAUCUAGUGGCAGGACUUUUAAUAUUUAAAUUCAUCAUCCUUUAACAGUUGUAGUGCCAGAAAGAUGAACCUUGCUUGGCUUCGUUUUUGUGGUGAUCUAGCAGUUUCUCUUUCAUUUUUGUAACUCAUCAAUGUAAUUUAUGAUGAUGGUUGCUUGAAUAUCACCGAUAUACCUGCUUCUCCUGCAUACUCAUGUAGGUGCCCCAAAUGAAAAUAGAAACAUUAUUAUUUGCCCCGAAAAUGCUGUACACUUCAUUUUUACACACCACACCUUUUUUUGCAACGACUGUACUUAUCCUACCAUGUAGAAAAAUUUUAGCAGAAAAAUGCAUAUUUGUGAAAAAGCAGUUGAAAUACAUACAUUUACUCAAAAAUACUGUAGAAGUACAUGUACAAUACUUGUUGACAUGCAUGUAUAUGUAUAUAGUUAUUUUUAUAGAGAGAAAAAUGUGAAUUAUUAUGGUACCUUUAGUCACAUCAAGGCAAUAUCUCACCGAGUAGUUUGGAGCUACAAAGACAGAAUAAAUGAAAGUGUAAUUUUAUGAGAAUGUAUUAUUAUUCAUGUAAACAUUAAUAAAGACAAAUGCCAAUUA